AUGGCGAUAGCGGAUCUUGGGGCGCUCGGCUUCUGGGGGUUCGCAACAGUGACUUUUGUGGCGGGAACCGUGGACUGUGGCUGGUACGCCGCCGACAACCGUGGUCUGUACUACGCCUUCUUGAUGUUCGGAGGCCUGGGCCAAGUGAUAGCCGGGUUGGUCGAUAUUCUCCGCGGAAACGCCGCCGGUGGUGUGAUCUUGACUGCGUUUGGCAUCCAUUGGUGUGGUGAAGGUAUCAGUGCUUGGCCGGGUCUUUCGGAGAUGAGUAAAAGUCGUUACGACGACCAAACUCAGUUGCUAAAGAUGAUUGGGUUCUACAAGUUGGUUUGGGCCUUGAUUUCGCUUCCCAUGAUCUAUGUAAUGUUCCGUGCGAGCAUGUGUCAAGGUGUGACUCUGACUGUGGUGUGCAUCAUCUUUGCACUGCAUUCGCUGGCGUGCUUCUUGGACGGUGAUGCUGCGGAGAACGUCCACAAAGUCUCGGGCUACUUGUGCAUCAUUGCCGCCCUCCUCGCAUACUACAUGGGCUGCAGUCUUUACCUCAGGGCCUCGGGCGCUCCAGGACUGCCCUUUGGCCGCCCUCUAUUCGUGGAUGAGGAGGAGCUUAAAAACAGAACCAGAGCGACAGGCGAAGAAAUAAUUCACAGCACCAUUGACGUCCACGAAUAA